GGUAGUCAAUAGUGCAUCCCUUGUUCGGAAAGAGGAGGUCCCUAGCUGUUGGCAGGAAAGCGGGCUAAAUCUCUCGUUUGAUUGUGUGCUAGAUUGCCCCUUUUAUUUGUCUGAUUGCAAAGCGUUCAACACCGCAUUAGUAGUGGGCUUUACUUUCCUGGAGCCUCUAUGCAGGAGUUUUUCUUUCUUUCUUUUCCAUCUUGGCCCUGGUCUGUGAUCGUGGCUCUACACAUAUGCUAUACAGAGUUCACAUCGUGCGCAAUCAGCACAUCGGGCAGCUCGGGGGAAGUUUCCGACCUGUUUUGUCAAGUCUGCGUAGGCCUCCUCGAGCCUCCAGCUCAGGUUAACGGCCGCGUCGAUACAGACUCAUGUGUUCUAAGCAUUUUUUUUAAAUUUGUACGGGGGAACAUGGACAAAAAAACAGAGCCUGGGACAACUGCAGGGAGGCAGCCAGUGGAUUUCAGCUGUCCCCCCAACCCUCAUGGUGGCCAUGGUUGUGGUGAUGUCAUGGUAGUGGCCUGUUAUUUCUGGCCCUGGGUCUAUAAGCACAGUACAUGUGCAUGCCCACAUCGCUGGGUGGGCCACCCAUCAACGACCGCUAAGAGUUUGAUGCCUGCAAACGCAUCGCGACCCAGGACCUUGAUAACCCUCGUCGUUUAAACUCUGCGGUGAUGUGAAUUGUGAAGGGAAUUCAUUUUUCGAUCUCACACGGAAAUCUUUUAAAUAAAAUUUUGGGCCCUAACUUUGUCCAAUAAUGACAAAAAAAAUACAGGUAUUUAAUUAAUAAUGAUAUCAGAUGGAAAAGGAUAUUAUAUACUUGAUAAAGAACUUAAAUUAUAGGUGUUUUUUUUCUCUCAGUGAUGCUCAAGCUCAUGAUGUGCACUAGACUUCGUUCUAGUAGCGAGAACAAAAUUUCCAAAGACACCAACAUUUUUUGGGAGCUUCAUACAAAAAUGACACACAAGAAGAAAUCAAGGAUAUUUCCAAAUGCCUGCAUUCAAAAACGUAAUGAAUUGAUAUAAUGAAGUAUUUAUCAGCAGUAUUAAAGCAUUAAACUCGUUCUGCAGAAAAAAAGCCCUGCGACUGAUAUAUUAUUAUAUCUGACGUUAUUAGAUUAAAACUGUUGCAUUAACCAAUCAGUCAGCAGCAUUUUAACGUUGUAGCUGCUCGAAAAUAUAAUUUCUUAAAAAUUCUCUAAUCUUUGAUAUUUUGUGAUAUUCCAUCAUUUGACCACAUUGGAAGUCGAACCUCAACUCAUAGACAUCUGAAACAUGUCAAAGAGACUACUAAACACUGCAAGCAACCUCAUAAUCUUUGCAAAUGUGUUGUAUUUUACAAAGUCAUCUUUUUUUUAAUGUACAAUCAUUACCUGCAAAAUAACUAUAGAAAGCCAGACAAAUGUUGAGAAAGAUUUAAGUGUAAUGAUAUAGAAGUAUAAAGUAUCAAAAAAUGAAAUACACAGAUAGAAUAGAAGUGCCUCAAAAUUGCACUUAAAUAAUGAAUUAAUAAAACGAUAUAAUCUUAGAGUAUAGUGUUAGGAAGUUAAACAGGUCAUAGUUCCCGCUCUAAUACACAGUAUAUCUCCUUCAAACGACUGGAUUUCUUCAAGUUUCUCACGAAAAACUAAAUUUUGCAAGAUGACAUUUGAACACGUCAUGAUGACGUUAUAAUUUACCUUCAGCUAAUACAAAUCUUUACUGAAUGGAGCUUGAAUGCAACAGAAUGAAACUCAAUGCAACCUCCCUUACCGUUAGCGGUUGGCUCUGCACGACUGUGCUGCCCACCUGCUGCUAAUGGCUAAUGCUAACCAGCUUUCCACCUGAUGAGUACCUUCACGUCUUGGUAUCAUGGAUCUCGUGACAUCCAUAAUAAGUAUGUUUUCUUUAGUGUAUAAUCACAUGAAACUAAAAACGUGUUUUCGUUUGUGUGUUUUUGUUAGCUAAGAAUUAGCUGUUUAUAUCAUGCAUAUAAAGAGCUGGUCCUCUUCACGGAGUCCGCCAUGUUUCUACAGUAGCCCAGAACGGACAAACCAAACACUGGCUCUUGAGAGGGCCAUUCGCAUAUCACAUUUCCGUAUCACCAUAGUGCCACCGUAGUUCUCCUGCAUGCUUGGCAAUGGGGAGGGACAAUGGGCAAAGUUUCAGUUGGUUGCAAUCUGCAGCCUCACCACUAGAUGCCACUAAAUCCUACACACUGGCCCUUUAAGUACAGCACUUGUCUAAGGUAAAUUUACUUUCAAAUCAAUCAAAAAUAUAUUAUAAAAGAGGUCAGAAAGGGUAUCAUUGUGCUUGAAGAUAAGGUAUUGUAAUGUAUUAUAAUAAUGCUGGAAAAAAACAUAUAAUCUGACAGCAACUUAAGGCUUUAAGGAGUGCUAAUACAGUGUGCGUGUGCUCUCUUGUAAAUCAAUGUGAACCCAUCUCAUGCACCUGGUGAGUGGAGGGUGGAGACAAGGCAGUAUUACUCAUUAACUAAACAAAGGCAAAUGUGGGAACCGGUAUAAUUGAGUUUUAAUCGUGGUGUAAGUGUCAGACAACCAGGAGGAUGUUUCGAAUCUCCUUUGGUGCAUCAAAGUACCUGUUUACCUUCAAAACAGGACGGCGAACGCCGGCGCUCUGCUCGAGCGCCCGGCUCGUCUUGGGGGUUUUGAAAACGCAUCCGUGUUGUUUCAGCUCACUUUCUUCUUUCCCCGCGGCGAGUGAAGGGCUGACUUUGGCGUCGCACACUCGUCUCUUUGACAAAAGGGGAAGUAAAGCCCUACAGCUUUGUUAAGCGGCAAGUUAACACAUGAACCCUUGAAGAUCCUUUUCAUUUCGUGGCGUGUUGAAAUUCUAAUUCCAAAACGCAAAAUAAAAAGGAUCUUUUCACGAGAGGAGUCAUGGUGUAACGUCCCUCUGCUUUGAGCCUGUUGAUGAGUCAACGUGCUCGUAGUCCUCCGUGACGUGUGUCAACCACGCAUCAGGCUGCCGAGAUCAAAGAUAAUGUGCUACACGGUGAUGGCUACCAGGCACACUGGCUUCUUAUGUGCCGUUAUAAUGACAUGAUAUCUCACUUUCUGGUACGAUGAAAUGCUUCUGACACGUUCAUCAGAAAUGAAUCACCUCCCGUCAAACCGAAAUAAGAAUGCAAGGAUCAAAGUGAAUGAAUUUGCUAAAUGCGAUUCUUUGUUGCGGGCCAGGCGCGUAGUGUUUACCGAUUACAGAGCUGGUUUUUACCAGGGUAGAAAAUGAACACCUGCCACCAGCCAAAUGCUGCUAAAAGCUGGCUGUGGUCUGGAAGCUUCCCUACUCUACCAGCCACUUUGGCAGGCUUAUUAUUUUUGGAUCUUGGUUGAUGAAAUUGUGUAAACAUUUGUACUUUUUUCUCCCCCGUCAUAUUAGUUUAGAUUGUUUUAUUUUAAGGCCCCCAUAUUGUAAAAGGUCUGUCUUUUUUUUACAAUUAUAAAGCUGGUCUAAGUGCGAGAUAAAUUAUGUGAAAGUAUCAAAAUGGUCAAUUGUAUUCAGAAAUAGAAUCGGAGAACGAGCAUUGAACUGUUUUCCAAGGUCAUUUGACUAGUACAAAAGAAAAUGGCGAUUCUUGUUAGUUGUGAUGGUGACAACGCACGUCAAGUGGGUCCGUAAAGCGUUGCUGCUCGCUGGGAAGAAGCGGGGAUGCAGCUUCCGAGAUGGAUGCCUAGCUAGAUAGCUAAUGUUAGGUAGCUUAAUACCGAGGGUCCGUUAUACCCGGCCCUGCCGCUGGCCACCAGCCUGCUGUUUGGCUUAUUUUCUGUAACCAGUGUAGUAUUAAAGAUAGUAAGCUAGCUAACUAACCAGCUGUCAGCUAGUUCUAGCUAACUAGUUCGGCUAACUUGUAGCUAGCUAAUUCCACAUUCAAACAAAAUUGUCACUCAGCUGAUGAUGGCAAUGAUCUUUCCUACAAGUGACUAAUAGUGUGAGGAUAAAGAAUAAUAAUUUGACUCUGACUCUCUAUACCUCAUAACGCUACAACUCCUCUGCUCAUAUUAGUCGUUACUGCAAAAGCUCACCUCAGUGAGCCUAGUUUAUACGUAAGUUAGCCCGCUACAAUGGUCGCAAUGGCAACAGCACACAUAAAAAUGGCCGCCGCUCUGACCGUUCCGCUACGUUUAUUUGAAUGGGAAUGUCCCUUCUACUUCUAUUUAAUUUCUAUGGCUAAUAAAGACUUGUUUUUAUAAACAUUAAAGCAUGUAAACAUGUUUUAAACCAUGUAAACAUGUUCUAGUAGAAACCCAGAAAAAAACUAUGACCCUGGAAAUGAGCGUGAUACGUAAAGUCGAGGCAAAGACACCAAUAACAGGACACCACAUCGUGGUCCAGUCAGUAGUAUCGCCGUUACUCAGCCCGCACUGGCAGCAGAGUGAGCAGUAGUAGUCUGUUUGGCUGGCACGGUGAGAAAAACACUCCAGUCAUGGCUGACUGUGGUGCCGAGUCGGCCUGCCCGGGCACGGCCCACUCACUCACGUGCACACACGCGUUAGGGCGGGUUCCUUCAUCCAGCAGCACAUUCCUUCUCGACGGCGUAACUGUGUGCGUGUGUGUGUGCGUGUGUAUGUGUGUGUGUGUGCACACCUUGAUUUCGUAGUUGACACGCAAGCGCGCAAUUAUCACGUGCCGCGUUACGUUUGGGCAGGAUGUACGCCGGUGAGUUCCUCCACCCCUCCCCCACCACCACAGCGCUCAUCAAUACUGUCAACUGCAUCCAGGAGGAUCCGUCUCAACAUGUGUUCUCAUGCAGGAACAGACAUUGUUUUAUUAAAUCUCUAACACAAAGAAAAUUAAAAACAGCCCUAAAGUGAUCUGCUUUCUCAAUGUUUCUAGAGCAUUUACAGAUGAUUUUUAUUCUGUUUUUCAGCACACAAAACCCUUUCCGUGUUUCUCAUGUUAAUUCAUGUACACGUUGCGCAAUACGUGAGUGAUGCAUAUUGAUGGAACCGGGCCUCCGUGUCAAACAAAUGUAGCUCAUGUUGGUGGUAGUCGUAGGGGGGGGGGGGGAUAAUCAGGACCUCCAGAGCCAGAGGACGGAAAAGCCCAGUUGGGUUUUGCUGUGCAGCCAGGCAGUGGAGCCCCUUUUGUGGGACAGGAAUGUGCCAUGCGUGCCUCUUCCUUAGCCCCCCCCUCACCACACACACACACACACCCCGGGCACGUUAGCACGCAGCCACCGCAAAUUGCUUGCAGAUUUUUCACACAUAGUAACGUGCCGGUUUGUAAACUCGGAAGAGGAUCACUCCACUCCACUCCAGCGAGUGUUGGGUACUUUUUUCCAUCUCUUCUGUCUUUAAAUGAUUAACAGGAGUGAUUACUGUAUAACAAUGGAGGGUCAUGCAGCAGGCACGUUCAUGAUUACUGUAUGAAACCACAGCGAGCUAGAGAAGACAUGCUUUCUAGGGCAUCGGGGAACAAGUUUUUUGGGGGUGAUGAAACCUCUUGUGAUAUAUAAAUCCCCAAAAUGGCUUUUUCCCAUGGUAGAAACUUUAAAAAUUGAUAUGAGACCAGUUGUUAAUAAAAUAUGCCCAUCUGGAUGAAUCCAGGAUAGGACUCUUCAGUGAAGGAUUGAAUCUCCUCCUCCUCUUCCUCCUCCGCCACCUCCCUCCCCUGUUCUCUGGCUCCGAGCCGGGAGGUCAGAGGGGGAGCCGGCGUCGGGCUCCGUCCAGGGUUCAGGGACACUCGGGCCGGGGCAGGAGAGGACGGAGCUGGGGCCCCCACCUGCACAGAGCUGCGCUAAUGAAGGGGACGGGCGCCUGGGAGGCCCUCGGGUCAUGCAGACCAUGGUUUAAUUGGUCUGACGAGAUGCAGAGUGUAGGCCUGGGCGAGGUCAGGGGCCAGAGCGGGGCCGAGAGUCCUGCUGCUGGGCAUCAUGGGUCAGAAAGAGGAGGAGACUCUCAUCACGAGUUUGUUUAACUUUUAUUAAGUUAAAGAUAUGUACAACGUUAUGGAGAAAACUCCUAUUCUGGGCAUUCGAAAGGGUUGAAAUCAUUGAGAUGGAACAUUUCAAUGUUGGUUCGGAAAACAAAACACAGAAGCCAAAGAUUUAUCAGAAUGAAAAACAACAACAAAAAUAAGGCAUUUCACCGUGCCAGAGUUUUGAUUAUUUGGCUUUAGGAUUUUGGACUUUAGAGCAAAGCUGACUUUCACCUCCAUUGUUUCUCAUAAAGCCAGACGAGGUGGCCCGAAUAAAAAAAACAAAACUUUCUUCUAAUUGCUCUGUAAUUCUAAUUGCAGGAAUUUUAUUUGCCUUUCGUUAAAGAGAUGUACUUUGUAGGCAGGCAGGACGGCCCCUGCUAGCAGGUUUAUCAAGUCUGAAUGUUUAUUCAUUUAUCUGCAACAUGUAAACGUGUGAGAAAAUGGAAUAGAAGCAUGCAGCAUGUAUUUUCUGAUAAUUGGCGUUCACGUAGACCUGCAGCGUUCCACAUUGCUGGGAAAUUACAAAAAAUAUAUAUUAUUGUAAAAAUUGAAAUGUGUUAAUGUUGCUUCUUGAUCUAUUUUUGAUUUAUUGAGUGUUAAUAAUAGCAAAUAACUAAAUAGUAUCGAUUUAGGGAUAUUCAUGAAAAAGAAGAAAAAACUAAAGAUAAGAGCUAUUGUAAACGGUGGACCCUUCUCUGUGGAGGGUUUAGCAGACGCACUAAUGAAUCAAACUCCUCUUUUUUCCAGAGUAAAGAGCCUUUUCUCUCCUCACUGAAAGAGUUAAUCUGAAGUUGGCAGCCAACUCCGCAGUCUCGGUCAGACGUGGGGAGAAUAAAAAAAAAAGGACUUCAAAAUCAUUUCUUUUGUCUUGUCAUAGCCUGUUUGAAUUCAGAUGAGUCUUUUAUGUAGCACGUUUUUAAAAUUUAAAUCAACGAUUUUGCAACGGAAAGGGGGGGGGGGGCUUAGAUAUCAAUAAUUAUGAAAAUAUCAAAGCACACAUUUUAAUAUUUACGUUUCAUUUUUUAUUUUUAGAUGGACAGACUUUGAUUUUUUUAGUUAUUAAAAAAAUAAUAAUACUUUAGAGAUUAAGAUGUAUCCAGGCUCCAGCAUCCAUGAUAUUUCACGUUUCACAGCAGUGAUCUGGGUCAUUCAGGGCCUCUCAGGGAAGCUCGUUCAUUUGACUCCUCACACAACGUUUCCACUACAUAUUUCCAUGUAAUUUGGGACUCCUCUCCCUGUAUUAAUUGUCGUCGGGUUUUAGUAACGGUUUAGCACAAUCGUGUCGCUUGCGGGAAUGCCAGCUCGUCUUUUCUUUUUUUUUCAUUUCCAUGUUAUAUUGCUGGCAGACUCCGUCGAUGAUGGCUUUACUUUUUUAUUUUUUUGGAGUAUAUUUCAAGUGCCCUCUGAGAAGGGAGAGGCGGGGAGGGGGGAGGAAAAAGUGACGGUGCAUUUUUAAUUGAUUUGGCUGAGUUUUUCCGUCGUAUUAACGGAGUCUGCUAUUUGAGAGAAUUAGCCAGAAAAAAACAAAAACAUGUUGGUGGAAAAAUAAUCCAGGACUUUAAUUCGGGCGGUCAAUUAGAGAGACUCACGCAGGGAUUGUUUGUCUGCUUUUUUAAAUUCCCAGGCCUGAAAUGUGACCCAUAAUGUACACGUGCACAGUGGAUGCAGUUUUUAUUUAACGGGGCUUUUAAGGUGAACAGAUGAAACCCACCGGAAGCUCGCGCUCGUCAGAAAUUCGCGCCGCUCUAAAAAAAAAAAAAAUUAAUCAGGAAGUUAAAAAAAAAACACACCGUCCGCUCCGGCUGCUAAUUGAUAUUAAACCCCAAUUAAAAGCUAAAGGCCACGCGCGCUUGGGCUUAAUUUAAUUUCCAGGUAAGAAGAUUAACUGACAUACACCUUCCAUCAUGGUUUAUGUGUGCUCCAUAAAGUAAAUAAGAGUUCAUUACAAUAUUCAUUACAAUACAGCGACCUGAACCCAACACGGGCCUCGUGAGGCGCAGCUGAUAGCGCAGACAUGCUACUCUACAGUUAGCUAACCCACGACACAUUGAAAGGCUCGUUUGUAUGUUCUCCCACUGCAGUUCGAAAAUAAUCUGCAUAACAGUUAUCCCUGGAUUUAUUCCUCUUGUUUUUCAGCCCAUGGAAGGCAAAUAGCAUAGCUAAGGAAAAUGACUUAACCCCCCUUGGAGUGAAAUUCCAGUGACAUUUGAAUGCUGGUUAAUUUGCAUUUUGGCAGGGUCACGCAGACAAACUUCUUUUUAUUUCUUUUUACUGAAAAGCAUGAAUCACAUUCAAGUGCCAGUUUAGUUUCCGGAUUUGGUUUUGUCGCAGGUGGUGAUGGGAAAUAUAUUUAACUCUGAAGCCAUAUUUCUCUCACACACACCUACACACACCACAAUGAGAUUUGUGAACAGCUUUUCUUAUUGUUGCUUUUAUCUAACCACGGCCGAUGACACACAAAAGCGGGGACGAGCACGGAGGUGUGCGGUCCUUCACUGUGUUAACAGAUAUGCGGGGGGGGGACCGUUUCAUCAGGCUGAUGGCAGUUAGAUGAAGCUGAGGCACGUUGCUGUUGAUGGGAGCGGAGGCCGUGAUGUCUGUUAGUGAGAGAACCUCUGCCUUUUGUUUUGUUACACGAGAACGCCAGUAAUAACCUCUGUCAUAAUUUACAAGAUGUGCACCCUGUCUUAUUGAAGAGCUGGGGCAGAAUUUGUGAAUUAGAACGUGCGAAAACACUCAGAUAUUCUUUCAGGACGUUUUUCGUCAUCUGUCGAUCGCCGUCUCGAUUAAUCGGUAAAAGUGCCAGACGGCACAAAAAAACCCCUUUUAUGAUUUUCCAGAUUCCUAACGUUUGUUUGAAUUGCCCAAAAGAUCCCCGGUUUCAUCGUCACAGCUGAGAGGCUCGAGCUUCAAAACGAUGAAUCGACAAUUCGUUUGGCUGAGCACAUGAACUAACAUUUCUAAAUACGCCAUCUUUUUCUGUUUAUUUUUUCCGUCACAAGCCUCCUUCCCCAGAUUCAGAUUCUGCCUUCAGACUAGCUGUUAUUUUGCGGAGCAGGUGCCACUCUGAAUGACAGUGCCGCCACGACGAGCCAACACGGCAGCCGCCGGCGCCCCAAAAAGCCCUCGCCAGGAGGGAAGGGUGCAGGGCAGAUUUGUUUUUUAUUCCCGCUGACCAUUUAUCUGCUGCUUUAGCAGCGCAGGCGAAUCCAGGUUUCCCCCCUUGAAACCCUUCUAACCAUUCCCUGCUUCUGAAUCAUCCCGUCAUUGAUUUUGUGUUACUGUGCACGGUCGGAGGAGUGCGGCCACCCCGGGUUUGUUUCUCCCUCUUUUGUUUGCUGUGGUAAAAAAAAACAAAAAACCUGUGAGCAGCUGCCGGCGGUGGGGUCUGGAGGGAUUCUUGAAACUGCGUGUCCUCUCUUUGCCAUCCUCUGCCAAGGUGGCAUUAUGCAAGCAGGGAGAGAGGGGUGGAGGGAGAGACGGAGAGGAGGGGGGAGGCGACGGCGGCCAUGGUAAAGAUGGAGGCAGGCUGCUGGGGGAUUGGUGCAGGAGACGACUUGCUCCCUUGAACUUUGCCUCCGUGUCAGAGUGGAACUUGUCGAUUUGGCAAAUUGUGCGGCGUCGGGAUGAGGCUGCUCUCCUACACUCCCACCUGCUCUCUCGCCCCCCCUCCCCCCCUCUCACUCUCUCCCUAUCAUUGCCGCUACGCCACCCCCUCCCUCCCUCCUUUCUCUUUUCCCUCCCUUUCAGCUCUUGAAGCUAACGCAUUGGCUGGGCUACAGGCGUCUGGUUGCCAAAUAGGUGGGCCCUACUCGCGCUUGGCAAAGGCUCAAGCAAUGGUCGGGGAAAAGAACGCGGAGAGGACGAGAGACGGCGAGCGAGAAACGGAGAGAGAGAGAGAGAGAGAGAGAGAGAGUUGGAGAGAAAAGGGGAAAAAAAGAAGCAGCACUCGGCUCUGCCAGCGGUCGCAUGCGCUCGUCCAACAUUGAUUCGGCUCUCUAUUUUUUCUGUUUUUUUUUUUUCCUUCUCGUCCUCCCUUCUCUGUGCUCUGCUCUCGCUGGCCCCCCCAUCUGUGCACGCACGCGCGAGUGUGUGUGUGUGUGAGAGAGUGUGUGUGAGUGUGUGUGCGUGAGUCUUGUGCCGCCGCGGCCCAGGGAUCAGAACAGACACCACCACCACUUACACUUUGCCAAGGAUUUUUUUUUUUUGUUCAAGGUUCUUUUUUUCAUUUUUUUGGGGGGGAAGCACAAAGGACAGUUUACAAGUGCAUCUAUCCCCGUUGUUGAUUUUAUUUUACAUUUCUUUUUUUAUUAGACAAUAUUUGUACUUUUUCUUUGGUGUUUUUUUGCUGGCUGUGGUCUUCCUUAAACUCUUGUUUUUGGUGUUUUUUUUAACUUUGGCCCACUGUUUUUAGUGAGCAGCAUAUUCUGCUAAUUAUUUUUAUUUUUAUUACAACCCCCCCGCCCCCCCUCAUCUACUAACUUUCCACAGCCUGCCAAACCAGCAUUUGCUUUACAUUGGGGAGCGCGGGAGGAAAGAAGAAGAAAAAAAAAAAAAAAAACUGGUGCAGGAGAUUUUUUUUUCACUUUAAACGCUGUGCCAAAUUUAUGAUGAGAGUGCAAAAUGGAUGAAUUUCAUCCCUUCAUCGAGGCCCUCCUCCCCCAUGUCCGUGCCUUCUCCUACACCUGGUUCAACCUGCAGGCCCGCAAGCGCAAGUACUUCAAGAAGCACGAGAAGAGGAUGACCAAGGACGAGGAGCGCGCGGUGAAGGACGAGCUGCUCGGCGAGAAGCCGGAGAUCAAGCAGAAGUGGGCCUCGCGCCUGCUGGCCAAGCUCCGCAAGGACAUCCGGCCGGAGUUCCGCGAGGACUUUGUGCUCACCAUCACGGGGAAGAAGCCCCCCUGCUGCGUGCUGUCCAACCCCGACCAGAAGGGCAAGAUCCGCCGCAUCGACUGCCUCCGCCAGGCCGACAAGGUGUGGCGGCUGGACCUGGUGAUGGUCAUCCUGUUCAAGGGCAGCCCCCUGGAGAGCACGGACGGCGAGCGGCUGAUCAAGUCGCCCCAGUGCUCCAACCACGGCCUGUGCGUGCAGCCGCACCACAUCGGAGUGGCGGUCAAGGAGCUGGACCUCUACCUGGCCUAUUUCGUCCACUCGCCAGAACAAUCAGGACAAUCAGACAACUCAAACCAGCAAGGAGACACAGAUGUCAAGCCCCCGCCAAAUGGCCACUUGAGUUUCCAGGACUGCUUUGUGACUUCUGGGGUGUGGAACGUAGCCGAGUUGGUCCGUGUGUCACAGAGUGAGUCACGGCUAUAAUUUCCCGUCCGUCCGUCCCCACCCAGACGCACUUGCCCUGUCAUUCCUCGUACACUUCAGAUGGUCUCUUUCUUGUAACACCUUAACGGUGAAAAUCACAUAUAACAGCAUCCCUCCUACACCAAGUAGCAUUUAAAGCAUAAGGCUGGUGUGAUUCUGUGUUUUUCAUAUUGUUAUAUAUGAACAAUGAUGAAGUGUUGUCUGUGUUUCCAGAGCCUAAUACAUCUUAUUCCUCUGGGCUCUAGAGCUCUAUCGUUAUCCAAAACCAUUUAAUGAGCCACAUUAUUGCUCUAGAUGUCAUGUUUACCAAUGCACACACACACUGGAGUUUAUUUUGUCUCGGUCCCACAUACAUUGUUCCGCUGCUGCUGGAAAUAUUCACCAGAGCACCAAAUGUUUUUUCAUCCGCAGCUGAAAAUAGUUCCCAACAAAUGUACUAUUUAUUCCUGUUUGAGUGAUGUUUGCUAAAAGCUCCAGUGGCCAGCUGCUGUAGGUCACCACUGAGGCUUUUUCAAAACUUUACGUAUAUAUUUUUGACCUGUUUCUUAAUGAUUGACAUCUUCAGUAGAAACCAAGCGGGCUGAGAGCCACAGCAGACUGGGGAAGUCAGAAAGCGUUGAGAAAUGGCAGGAGCGCCGCUGUUAUUUAACAUUUUUCAGAGGCUACUCCACAAAAAAAACAAAGACGAGGGCUUUGACCCAGUCUGAAGCUUUUGGUUCGAUCAUAAGGAGCAGCCUGGUGGCAGGAAACAAAAGUCACCAAAGUUAUUGCGAUUCAUCCUGAGUGGAGCAUGAACACGUUUUUCAUUGUUGUUGAGACAUUUCACACAAAACUAGCGAUGUCCCGAUUAUCCCGGCACAAAUAAUUAUGAUUUAAGAUAUUGCCCCAAUUAAAAUCAUAAUAUUCAUAGAAUAUGCACUUAAAAUGUAUGGACUGGAAUCACUACAACUUACAUUUUGAUAAAAAAUAUAUAUACUUUCCCUGCGUCACAGACAGCACACGGUGAAAAACAAUCUUAAAUGAGGUAAUCAUAAAUCAUAAGUUCCCUCUGUAUAAUUAAAAAUAUUAAAUAUAAAAAUUAAAGCGAGCCUGCUCUUUCUUAAUGACAUGAUAAUUCCUGUAUUUUUUUAAUCAAGCUCGAUCUCUCCGUUCUCUACCAUGAUAGCGAGCUAGACAGCUCAAGUCACUCCUGUGUGGAUAGUCCCGAUUAUCCUGAUUAUGUAAAUUCACCACGAUCAACUCUACUGUGAGGGUUUUUGAUGGCGUUCCACAAUAAAAAUGAUCCUACAUUGUCCCAUCUCUACUUAAAACGAUAAAUGUGAACCUCAGGGUUUUGCUCGUGGAACACAAAAAUCACGAGGAUACAUCAUCUGGGGACCACGAAUGCCUGUCAUCCACUAGUUGAUAUUUCAGUCCGGACCAA